GAGAGUUCUGUCAAAAUUGAAAUCUUUUAAGAAAUUUAUUAGGUCUGGUGAUUUUAGAACAAAAAUGUGAUCAUAAAUCGAAAUAUAUAUUCUCCAAAUUGUAAUAUGUUUUCAAUUCAGCAUAAAAUAGUUAAUCAACAUACUGUCAUCAAUGGAUAAUUACAAUAAAAAUAAACAUAAAAUGUCUCAAAAACCAGAAAGUAAAUUAAAGUUAGUAAGCAGUGCUUCAGAUCAAAAUGUAUUCUUCACUUAUGUAUGUAUGGUAAAUGAUUUGAAGCCAACUGAUGAAGUGAUUCAUAACAAAGAACAGAAUAAAAUAUCCUUCAACUACAUAAAUGGAGAAUCUGAAGAGAGAAAUCAUGAAGAUCAGCUGAUACAAGUAGAAAGAUCAAAAGCACUUCACGAACUAAUAGAAUCUCAUAGAAAAGACGAUACAGACCCAGAAAAGGAACAUAACGAGGCUGACUCAUCAACAACUUACCCUACAACUACGUCUGGUGAAGAAAGUGAAAUAUCAGAAAAUGAAUAUAGGACGCAACGCGGGAUAAACCCAAAUAUAUUGAAACUUACCAAAAUGAAAUGGCUCACUGAAGACCAAGAAGGUUCUCCUGAUUCUAGCUCACCGUUACUUUCUCCCACAAAUUCCUCCACAAGCACCAACGGUAGUAAUGAAUCUGACGAUGAAAUUGAAGAACAAAUCAGCGUCAAUGAUAAAUACCUAUCAACAAUUCUACGACUGGAUAAAGAGCACAAUAUGUUCGGAUUAUCAAACAUCACAAUCGUCAGGUCACGGCCAUCGAGAAAAUUGAGAAAAGACGACGAAAUGCCUGCUUUCCACCAAACUGCUGUAGUACAGAUCUGUUGUGGCAAAAAGUGCUGUAAACACAGGAGUAAGACUGAUCUCCCAGCUUCAUUGAAAUGGGGUGGAUGUCGUAGAUACGGCGUUGAUUCUUGCGAUAUUAUUUGCCCUGGAACCUGCGCACCGCUGUGUGUCGCGUGUGCACCUGCUAAAUGUAUGAUAAACUGCGCCAAUUCCUUUGGAAUGAAGAUAUCUGUGAAUCGAAAACCUAAAUACGAACCAUCGCCGAUCGAAUUAACUCCAAGAUCCAGUUGUAUUUUGCAAAAGCCAAUCUCCGCAAGAUCCUGCCAUCAUCUACCUCAAUGUGUUCCACCAUCUUCAUGCUUCCCCUACUUGAUGCCGUGCUUCUGGCCGGCGCGGUCCGGAGCACCAUGCAAUACGCCAGCGAGGUGCUUCCACAACCCACCGUGCCGGGCUCCAAGAAGAUCCCCUGCUAUUUUGCCUCCAGAAGAAACAUGUCCAUCAAAAUGCGAUGAUAAAGCGGCUAAAACGAAAUGCCAAAAUCUUUGCUGUUUCGGGAAUAAUCCUGAAACGAAGAAAGAAAUUGAAAGUAGAUUUGGACACAAAUAAAUUAUGGUCAUUCCUAAUGAGAAAUGCUUUAAAUCUUGUUCAUGUACAGACCACAAAAAACUAAAAUAACGCCUGGAAAAUGAUUACCUUCAACGGAUAGCAUAGAUGCGUAUUAGAAGCGAUGUGGAUGAAAAUUCUAUGAGAAUUUCGAAAGGUAUUCAAAUAUUUACCAACCCUUACUGCACCAACUAUAUGCAGAGAAAAGUAGAAUAUACAAAAAUAAAUUCUAUA